AUGUACCCGGAGAGCAAGCCAACCAUCACGACUCGUUCCCAGCUUGGCGGAUCCCCUACAGAGUGUGAUUGCACCGAGGACAACGGUGAAUGGCGCUUCCGUCCGACCCGUCCCAUGACCAUCUUGUUUUCGAGGCAGCUGCUUAAAAUGGGAUGA